GCUGACGCUGGCGGAGAAGGUGUCGCAGCUGGGGGACGUGGCGGCGGCGGUGCCGCGGCUGGGCGUGCCGGCGUACAAGUGGUGGUCGGAGGGGCUGCACGGGCUGUCCAUGUGGGGCAAGGGCAUGCACUUCACCGGCGCCGUCAAGCAAGUGACCAGCUUCCCGCAGGUGCUGCUCACCACCGCCUCCUUCGACGAGAAGAUCUGGUACUUCAUCGGCCAGGCGAUCGGCGUGGAGGCGCGGGCGUUGUACAACAUCGGGCAGGCGGAGGGGCUCACCAUCUGGUCGCCGAACGUGAACAUCUACCGGGACCCGCGGUGGGGGCGCGGCCACGAGACCCCCGGCGAGGACCCGAUCACGGUGAGCAAGUACGCCGUCGCCUUCGUGAGGGGCCUGCAGGGGCCCUCGCCGACGACGCUGCAGACCUCGGCGUGCUGCAAGCACGCCACCGCCUACGACCUGGACGACUGGCGCGGCACCGUCCGCUACAGCUUCAACGCCAGGGUGAGCCCCCAGGACCUGGCCGACACCUUCAACCCGCCGUUCAGGAGCUGCGUGAGCGAAGGGCAGGCCAGCUGCGUCAUGUGCGCCUACACCUCCGUCAAUGGCGUCCCCGCCUGCGCCGACUACAACCUCCUCACCAAGACGUUCAGGGGGGAAUGGGGGUUGAAGGGGUACGUGGCCUCCGACUGCGACGCGAUCGCGCUGGUGCACGACGGGCAGCACUUCAGGCCCACGCCGGAGGACACGGUGGCCACCACGCUCAAGGCCGGGAUGGACAUGAACUGCGGGAACUACACGCAGGUGCACGGCAUGGCCGCGCUCCGGCAGGGGAAGAUGACGGAGCGGGACGUGGACAAGACGCUCGUCAACCUCUUCUCGGUGAGGAUGCGGCUCGGGCACUUCAACGGCGACCCCCGGAGCAACCCGCUGUACGGGCACUUCGGCGCCAACGACGUGUGCUCUCCCGCCCACAAGAACCUGGCGCUCCAUGCGGCGGAGAGCGGCAUCGUCCUGCUCAAGAACGACGCCGGCAUCCUCCCGCUCCGCCGGUGGACGGUCGGGUCGGUCGCCGUCAUCGGCCCCAACGCCAACGACCCCGGGGCGCUCCUCGGCAACUACUUCGGCCCGCCGUGCGAGACCAUCACGCCGCUCCGGGGGCUCAACGGGUACGUGAAGGACGUGAGGUUCGAGCCCGGGUGCAUCGAUACGGCGUGUUGGUCCGCCGCGACGGGCAAGGCGGUGGCGGUGGCGAGGUCGACGGACCACGUGAUCCUGUUCAUGGGGACGAGCCACGUGCAGGAGGAGGAAGGGCGGGACAGGACGAGCCUGCUGCUCCCCGGGCAGCAGCAGAGCCUCAUCGAAGCCGUGGCCAGCGCGGCGAAACGGCCGGUGAUCCUGGUGCUCCUCACCGGCGGUCCGGUCGACGUGACGUUCGCGAAAUUCAACCCCAAGAUCGGUGCCAUCGUGUGGGCCGGAUACCCCGGGCAGGCCGGCGGGCUUGCCAUCGCCAAGGUGGAGAACCACGGUCCCAUGGACGGAAAGCACUCGGUGCUGAUGUUCCUCCGGUGGCCCAACGCGACGGGUGGGCGCCCGGCGAGCCAGCUGGUUGGGUUCCAAAGCCAGCACCUCGAGGCCGGCGAGAAGGCUAGCCUGACGUUCGAUGUCAGCCCCUGCGAGCACUUGAGCAGGGCGAGGGAGGACGGCAAGAUGGUGAUCGACGGAGCCUCACACUUCCUCUUUGUUGACGAGGACGACGAGGCCGAGAUCAGCUUCGACGCCUGA